GCCCCGCAGCAGCCCCGGCCGCAGCUCCCGGUGCCCCCCGCCGUCGCCCAGCCAUGGAGGCCAUCAAGAAGAAGAUGCAGAUGCUGAAGCUGGACAAGGAGAACGCCAUCGACAGGGCAGAGCAGGCCGAGGCGGACAAGAAGGCCUCCGACGACAAGUGCAAGCAGGUGGAGGAGGAGCUGACACACCUCCAGAAGAAGCUGAAGGGGACGGAGGACGAGCUGGACAAAUACUCGGAGGAGCUGAAGGAUGCGCAGGAGAAGCUGGAGCUGACGGAGAAGAAAGCCUCCGACGCCGAGGGUGACGUGGCGGCCCUCAAUCGCCGCAUCCAGCUCGUGGAGGAGGAGUUGGACAGGGCCCAAGAGCGCCUGGCCACAGCCCUGCAGAAGCUGGAGGAGGCCGAAAAGGCUGCCGAUGAGAGCGAGAGGGGAAUGAAAGUGAUAGAGAACCGGGCCAUGAAGGAUGAGGAGAAGAUGGAGAUCCAGGAGAUGCAGCUCAAGGAGGCCAAACACAUUGCCGAGGAAGCCGACCGCAAGUAUGAGGAGGUGGCCCGGAAGUUGGUCAUUCUGGAGGGCGAGCUGGAGAGGGCCGAGGAGCGGGCGGAGGUGUCUGAACUAAAAUGCAGUGACCUGGAGGAGGAGCUCAAGAAUGUCACCAACAAUCUCAAGUCGCUCGAGGCUGCCUCGGAGAAGUAUUCCGAAAAGGAGGAUAAAUAUGAAGAAGAGAUCAAACUUCUGUCUGACAAGCUGAAAGAGGCGGAGACCCGUGCCGAAUUCGCAGAGAGAACGGUUGCAAAACUGGAAAAGACGAUCGAUGAUCUGGAAGAUGAACUGUACACUCAGAAGCUCAAGUACAAGGCCAUCAGCGAGGAGCUGGACCAUGCUCUCAAUGACAUGACCUCUCUCUGAGGGGCAGCGUCCUCUGUCCUUGCUGUCCAGAAGCCUGUCCUCUCUCUGCCGUGUCUCCACUCCUGUGGGCUUCUCCCACCUUGUGGUUUGGCCUUUCAAGCCUCCUUCUGUUGUGUCUGCGGUUGUGUGCCUGAAAUAAAGGCAGGCCGUUCUCCAUCCCCGUGCCCUCUCACUUUCAUGUCCUCCACUGGCCACUUUUGAGCCAUAGCUGUGAUGCCCUUGACCUUGGCUGGAACAAAACGCGGGUCGUCCGCCGACUCUCGUCCACAAACCAAGAGCUCCUUUGCAAAAAUGACUCUGAAAAGGAAAUUAUGCCCACGUGGUAUGCUUUUGAAAACGUGCAAACACGGUCAACCUGGCAUGAGCCCCCAAGCACGAUGUUUUGCCUGACUGCAUCUGCAAGCCCACAGCGGUUUGUCCGCAAAUAAAAAUGGUUUUGGAUGGAGACUCAUCCCUUUAAACCUCUUAGGCGGCUUAAUAGAGCCGGCAGAACUUCAAAAACCAGCAGGCCCAUGUCUAAAAUGUGGUUGUCCUUGAAUGAGGUUUGAACUAUGAAUUCAAACAGUGGCAGUGGCAACUUUGUGCUCCUUAUGCCUCAGUUUCUCAUUUGUCUUUUCUGUGUUACACAAAAGUUCACCUCUGUACCCUACCCUUAGAGAAAGAUGAGCACAAGGAAUUCAGGAACAGCCCAUUAGCAGGGAAAGGCGUGGGAGUAGCUGGGGAUGCCAGAGAAAGGAAAUGAGGCGAUUCUUCUUUCCCAUGUCCCACGCAAAGUUGGCAGAGGGGCUAACUUCUACCUUCCCUCAUAUUUGAGUUAUCGAUUACCAGGAAUCUUGCUUUGGUUUACUAAGAACUCAUCAAACUGGCCUGUGGGAAUUAAAAGUUAAUGCUUAUGGUGACCCAAAGCUCACGUUUUCCCAAGAUAAUCCAAAUUUCCAAUGUGCCAUCCAGUUUGUCCCUGCCUGUCUCCAUCACCACCCCAGAACGUCCCAGAAACACUGAUAUUUCAUUGUCCAAGCCACAUCUUGCAGACUUGCCCUUGUACCUCAAAAAAGCAUGAAACUCUAAAUUACAUCAUCGGUUUGGGCCCCUCUAGCUUUUUAUUCUUCAUCGUGUAAUUUCUUUAUUCAGGUGGGACCCUCUAGUCCAAUUCUAUUCAUUCCUCCAAAAAACAACUCCCUGAAACUACCCAUCUCCUCCCACCCCCAACCUCUCCAGACUCUCACUCUCCCCUCACCCACUGCUAUGCACAGGUCCUUGGAGAGAGGAUACAUUGUAUGCAGUGGGUAGCUUUUGUUUGCCGGUUCUCUCUACACAUUUGUUCCUGGGAUUUUUCCAGAUACCUCUAGCUAUGUCCUUUGAAAUAGCUAACGAGUCAUUCUGCCACUCUACUCACCCGGGUGGAACUUCAUUCUUUAAGAUUAGAGCUAUGGGGUUCCACCACGACCCGAUGACGGUCUGUGGACGUUGUCCAACACAAUUCAUAUGGGCAAGAAAAGCUUUAAGGGAGAGUGGUUUUAUCUCAGGCCUAAUGACAAAGCAGUGCCCGGGGACUCCACCUGGCCAGGUGAGGUGAGGUCAGCAUUUGUAGUCAGAUUUCAGUUGGCUCGAAUCCUAGCUCUGAGCCUGCUCGUUGGCUAUGAGAUCUUAAACAUUCAUUUGCUGAGCUCUUCUGCUAAAUCAAGGCGAUAUAUCUCAGUUGUCGGGACGAUCCAAUGAGAUAACGGAGAAAUCCGCUUGGACACAGUAGACUCUUGAGGAACAUUUGUUCAUCCAGAAUAUAGACAUCCGGGCCAGGGUGUUCUCUGAUGGAAUCCCACCCCCCAGAUCAGUCACUUGAUUUUUUGGGGACGCCUUGUCAAAUGAAAGGUUCAACAGUUGUCAUGG